CUUCUUUUAGUCAAGUUGAGUUUUGACAAAUGCCACUGAAGUAGGCACUGCUGCCUUAUAAAAAGGAUUUAUAAGAACCAGGUGAUGGCCCUACUUAUUGGAGCAAUACUUAAGACAAGAUCCUAGACAGCAAAAUAAGUUGGACACUUUGGAUUAUUUUUUAAAUAGGAUAUCGUUUUCAUAAAAACUUGUAAUAUUUCCACUGGAACUGUUUGCAAUUAGGGAAUUGAUUUAAGAGUGGAGUUUUGUAUAACACUGCCAAAUUAUAAGUGUAAUGAGAGUAAGGAAUUGGUUAUGAAGUAGCACAGCACCUAUCACAUAACACUUAAUAAUUAUUUUUUGAAUGAACAAAUGAACCAUCUUUGAUAUAACUGGAAAUAUUGUCUGGUUAUGGAUACAGGACAGCUGCAGGGUUGAAUCAGGGAGCCUCCCUGCGUGUGCUAUCACAAUGUAGUUAUCAUAUGUGACCUCAUUAAAUUAAAAGAAAUGGGAGCACAGUUGUAAGUUUUCCUUUGAGUCUGCCAGUUGUCAAGUCUUCUUACUCACAAGACACCAAUUCUAUUUGUAAGAUGUGGAUAGCAACAGAGAAUCUGCUUAUCUAGUGCAAGUAGCUGCACUAAGAUUAAAUGAGGUAUACAGAAUGGGAGAGAAUAUUUGCAGAUAAAUCAUAAAUCACCCAAUUAAAAAAUGGGCAAAGGACCUGAAUAGACAUUUCCACAAAGAAGAUUUACAGAUGGCUAGUAAGGAACCCCGGAGGCAUAAUGGGUAAGAGCUCGGCUGCUGACCAAAAGAUUGGCAGUUGAGACCCGCCCACCCGAUCCAUAGGAGAAAGACCUGGCAGUCUACUUCUGAAAAGGUUAUUGUUGUUGUUAGGUGCUGUUGAGUUGGUCCUGACUCAUAAUUACCUGUGUACAACAGAACAAAACAUGGUCUGGCACCAUCUUCACAUCAUUGCUAUGUAUGAGCCCAUUCGUUGUUGAGGUCACUGUGUCAGUCCGUCUUGUUGAGGGUCUUCCUCUUUUUUUGCUGACCCUCUACUUUACCUAGCAUCAUGUCCUUCUCUAAGGAAUGGUCGCUCCUGAUAACAUGUUCAGAGUAACUGAGAUGAAGUCUCACCAUUCUCACUUUUAAGGAACAUUCUGGCUGUACUUCUUCUAAGACGGAUUUGUUUGUUCUUCUGGCAGUCCAUGGUAUAUUCAAUAUUCUUCGCCAACACCAUAAUUCAAAGGCAUCAGUUCUCCUUUGGUCUUCCUUAUUCACUGUUCAGCUUUUGCAUGCAUAUGAGGUGAUUGAUAGUACCAUGGCUUGGGGCAGGCUCACCUUAGUCCUCAAAGUGCUUGCUGAAAGCGAAGAGGACUUGAAUACUUACUGAGGAAGAUCAAGGACCACAGCCUUCAGUAUGGAUUACCCCUCAACGUAAAGAAAAAAAAUCCUCACAACUGGAUGAGUAAUCAACAUCAUAAUAAAUGGAAAAAAUAUUGAAGUUUCCAAGGAUUACAUUUUACUUGGAUCCUCAAUCAGUGCAUAUGGAAGCAGCAGUCAAGAGAUCACAUGAGGUAUUGCAUUGGGCAAAUCUGCUGCAAAAGAUCUCCGUAAAGAUUAUGGCCAAGAAAACCCUGUGGGGCAGUUCUGCUUUGUCACAUGGGAUCACUAUGAGUCAGAAUGGAUUUGAUGGCACCCAACAGUAAGCACAUGAGAAGAUGUUCAACAUAGGUAGUCACAGGGAAAUGCAAAUCAAAAUCACAAUAAGAUACCACUUCACACUCACUAGAUGGCUUUAGUCAAAGACAGAUACUCAUAUUAAUAAGUGCUAUCUACAAUGUGAAGAAAUUGGAGCCGUCAGAUACUGCUGGUUUGAGUGUAAAAUGGAGAGACACUUCGGAAACAGUUUGGCAUGUCCUCAAAAGGUUAAAACAUUACCACGUGACCCAGCAGUUCCACUCCUAAGUAUAUACCCAAGAAAAAUGAAACCAUAUAUCCAUACAAAAAUGUAUAUAUGAAUAUUAAUAACAUUAUUCACAAUCGCCCCAAAGUGGAAACAACCCAAAUGUCCAUCAGCUGAUUGAUGGAUAAACAAAAUGUGGUAUAUUUCCAUAUAAUGAAAUGUUACUGAGCAAUACAAAUGAAUGAAGUACUGAUGACAUGCUACACCAUGAAUGAGCCUUGAAAACAUGCUAAGUGAAAGAAGCCAGAAACCAAAGGCCACAUAUUUUAUGAUGCUAUUUAUAUGAAAUGUCCAGCGUAGGCAAAUCUGUUGAGACAAAAAGUAGAUUAAUGGUCAGGGGCGUGGGGGGUGGAUGGGGAGUAACUGCUGAUGGGUUGGUGGUGUUAGGUGCUGCUGAGUGGAUUGUGACUCAUAGCAACCCCACAUGAUAGAGUAGAACUGUCUGAUAGGGUUUUCUUGGCUGUAAUCUUUACAGAAGCAGAUUGCCAGGUCUUUCUUCUGGAGAGUUGCUGGGUAGGUUUGAAUUGCCAACCUUUUGGUUAGCAGCCAAGCGCCUAGCCAUUUGCGCCCCUAUGCCUCCUGUUCUUCACAAGUAUUGAAGUACUUAUAAUUCUCUGCUCCGGUGUUGACCUUUGAAUCCUGCAGUGCUUACUUUUUGGAAUGAUGAAAAAUAUUCUAAAAUUUAUUAUAGCGAUUGUUGUAGAACUCUGUGGAUGUACUAAAAAAACACCAACUUGUACACUUUAAAACGAGCCCUGGUGGUGCAAUGGUUAAGCACUCGGCUACUAACUAAAAGGUCACUGGAUCAAAUUCACCAGCUGCUGCUUGGAAGAAAGAUGUGACGUUCUGCUUUUGUAAAGAUUUACAGCUUUGGAAACAGUAUGGGACAAUUCUACUCUGUCAUACAGGGUCGCUGUAAGUGGGAAUCGACUCAGUGGCAACAGAUAUGGUACACUUUAAAAGGGUGAAUUGUAUGGCAUGUGAGUUAUAUCUCAAUAAAGUGUUGUAAAAAAAAACAUACAUGAGGUAAUAUGUGGAAAUAUAUUUUGAGCUAUUUGACUACUAUUAUUACUGUAGUUUGACUAUGAAGCCUUUAAGUACUAGCAGAUGACUUAGAUAUAUUUCCCUGCCUGCAGGCCUGUGAUUUUUAUGCCAUGACUCAAUUUUAGAAGAUUAUAAUUCAGCAAUAUAAAAUUCUGAAAAUGUUGAGACAUAAAAUGAAAACUGCUUGGCUUACUCUUUUUAUUUAAUAGAAUUUUCUGAACCGACUAAUUAGCAAUAAGUGGAAUGUAUCAUUAAGAAACUAGAUUUUGAGUAAUAAAAUUUUAGAGCGAAAGAAGUUUAGAAGGAAUAUGUUUUAGGCCCCUCAUUUUGUUUUGUAAGUGAGAGAACUGAGCCCUGGAGAGGUUAACCAAGAUAUCUUAGGUCACAGAGUUGAGUAAUUUCUAGGACUGAGGUCAGUGUCCUUUAUGUUGACUACUAUUGGUUUUGGUAGUAUUAAUAGUAGUAGUACUAAUAAUAUUAAUAGCAGCUGUUUAAGUGCUUCCUAUGCGUGUUUUUUAUGCGUUAGGCAGUCUAUUACGUACUUUAUGUUAUGGUUAAUCGACACAAUAAUUUACAAAGAUGUUUCAUUAUACCUGCAUAUCAGUUUCCUAUUGAUACUGUAAUAAAUUACUGAAAAACUUAGUGACUUAACACAAAUUUACUAUCUUACAGUUUUGUAAGUCAGAAGUGUAAAAGGCGUCUUACGGGGCUGAAAUGGAGUUGGCAGCCGGGCUGCAUACCUUUCUGGAGGCAUUGGGGGAAAUCCAUUUUCUUGUCUUUUCCAGCAUCUAGAGGCCCUCUUCCAUCUUCAAAGCCUUAUCAUACCUGAUAUCAGCGGUCAGUCGAGUCUUUCUCAUAAUGCUAUUUCUCUCUUAUUCUGACUCUUCUGCCUAUUUUCCCCCUUUAAGGAUCCUUGUGAUUACCUUGGGCCUACGUGGGUAAUCUAGGAUAAUCUCUUUAUUUUUAAGGUCAGUUAUUAGUAAUCUUAUUUCCAUCUAUAUCCUAAUUCCGCUUUAUGUAAUACAGCAUGUUCACAGGUUUCAGAAAUUAGGACUUGGACAUCUUUGGAGGGCCAUUAUUCUGCUUUCCACCACUAUCUGUUAAUUAGAGUAAGAGAUUUAAGUCCAGAGACUCCCCCUGCAAAAAAAAAACAAAACCCCAAACCAAGCCUGUUGCCUUCCAGUUGAUUCCAGCUCUUGCUGUUAGGUGCUGUGAAGUCAGUUCCAACUCAUAGCAAUCUUGUGUACAACAGAACAAAACACCGCCCGGUCCUGUGUCAUCCUCACAAUUGUUGUUAUGUUUGAGCCAUUGUUGAAGCCAGUGUAUCAGUCCGUUUCCUUGAGGGUCUUCUUCUUUUUCGCCUACCCUUUACUUUACCAAGCAUGAUGUCCUCCAGGGACUGUUCGCCCCCGAUAAUAUAUCCAAAGUACGUAAGAUGUAGUGUUCUCCAUCCUUGCUUCUAAGGAACGUUCUGGUUGUACUUCUUCCAAGACAGAUUUGUUCAUUGUUUUGACAGUCCAUGGUGUAUUCAAUAUUCUUCACCAACACAAUUCAAAGGUGUCAAUUCUGCUUUGGCCUUCCUUAUUCAUCGUCCACCUUUCACAGGCAUAUGAGGCGCUUGAAAAUACCAUGGGUCAGGUCAGGUGGUCCUUAGUCUUUAAGGUGACAUCUUUGCUUUUCAACACUUUAGAGAGGUCCUUUGCAGCAGAUUUGCCCAAUGCAGUGCGUCUUUUGAUUUCUUGACUGCUGCUUCCAUGGGUGUUGAUUGUGCAUCUAAGUGAAAUGAAAUCCUUGACAACUUCAGUCUUUUCUCCGUUUAUCAUGAUGUUGCUUAUUGGUCCAGUUGUGAGGAUUUUUGUUUUAUGUUGAAGUGUAAUCCAUACUGAAGGCUGUGGUCUUUGAUCUUCAUCAGUAAGUGCUUCAAGUCCUCUUCACUUUCAGCAAGCAAAGUUGUAUCAUCUACAUAACGCAGGUUGUUAAUGCAUCUUCUUCCAAUCUUCUUCAUAGAGUCCGUCUUCUCGGAUUAUUUGCUCAGCGUACAGGUUGAAUAGGUAUGGUGAAAGGAUACAGCCUUGAUGCACACCUUUCCUGACUUUAAACCGUGGGGUAUCUCCUUAUUAUGUUUGAUCUGUGUACGGGUUCCUCAUGAGCACACUUACGUGCUCUGGAAUUCCAAUUCUUUGCAAUAUUAUCUUUAGUUAUGAUCCGCACAGUCAAAUGCCUUUGCAUAGUCAGUACAACACAGAUAAACAUCUUUCUGGUAUUCUCUGCCUUUAGCCAGGAUCCAUCUGACAUCAGCAAUGAUAUCCCUGGUUGCACAUCCUCUUCUGAAUCCGGCCUGAAUUUUCUGGCAGUUCCCUGUCGAUAUACUGCUGCAACUGCUUUUGAAGGAUCUUCAGCAAAAUUUUACUGUGUUUGAUAUUAAUGAUAUUAUUAGAUAAUUUCCAUAUUUGGUAGGAUCACUUUUCUUGGGAAUAGGCAUAAAUAUGAAUCUUUCCCAGCCAGGUAACUAUCUUUCAAAUUUCUUGGCAUAGACAAAUGGGCACUUCCAGUGCUGCAUCCAUUUGUUGAAACAUGUCAAUUGAUAGUCUGUCAAUUCCUGGACCCUUGUUUUUUACCAAUACCUUCAAGCACAACUUAAAAAAGAAUUUUUUUUUUUCAGCACAACUUGGACUUUUUCCUUCAGUACCAUCAGUUGCUGAUCAUACGCUACCUCUGGAAAUGUUUGAAUGUCGACCAAUUCUUUUUUAUACAGUGACUCCGUGUAGUCCUUCCAUCUUCUUUUUACGUUUCCUGCAACGUUUAAUAUUUUCCCUGUAGAAUCCUUCGCUAUUGCAACUUGAAGCUUGAAUUAUUUCUUCAGUUCUUUCAGCUUGAGAAACGCUGAGCAUCUUCUUCCCUUUUGGUUUUCUUUCUCCAGCUCUUUGCACGUGUCAUUUUAGUACUUUGUCUUCUCAAGCCACCCUUUGAAGUCUUCUGUUCAGUUCUUUUACUUCAUCAUUUCUUCCUUUUACUUUAGCUACUCUGCGUUCAAGAGCAAGUUUCAGAGUCUCUUUUGACAUCCAUUCUGGUCUUUUCUUUCUUUCCUGGCUUUUUAAUGACUUCUUGCUUUCUUCAUGUAUGACGUCCUUGAUGCCAUUCCACAACUUGUCUGGUCUUUGGUCUUUAGUGUUCAGGGUGUCAAAUCUAUUCUUGAGAUGGUCUCUAAAUUCAGGUGGGAUAUAUACUCAGGGUCAUACUUUGGCUCUCGUGGACUUGUUCUAAUUUUCUCCAGUUUCAACUUGAACUUGCAUAGGAGCAGCUCAUCAGUCUCUUCCACAGUCGGUCCCUGCCUUGUUCUGACUGAUGAUUUUGAGCUUUUCCGUCAUCUCUUUCCACAGAUGUAGUCAAUUUGAUUCCUGUGUGUUCCAUCUUGAGAGGCCCAUGUGUAUAGUCACUGUCUAUGGUGUUGAAAAAGGUUAUUUGUAAUGAAGAAGUUGUUGAUCUUGCAAAAUUCUUAGCAUGAGAUCUGUCAUCAUUUCUAUCACCAAGGCCAUAUUUUCCAACUAUGGAUCUUUCUUCUUUGUUUCCAGCUUUCGCAUUCCAAUCACCAGUAAUAAUUAUCGGCGCAUCCUGAUUGCAUGCUUGAUCAAUUUUCAACUGUGAAAUUGGUAGAAAUCUUCAAUUUCUUCAUCUUUGGCCUUAGUGGUUGGUGUGUAAAUUUGAAUAAUAGUAUUAACUGGUCUUCCUUGUAGGGAGUGGAUAUUAUCCUAUCAAUGGCAGCAUUAUACUUCAGGAUAGAUCUUGAAAUGUUCUUUUUGACAAUGAAUGCAAUGCCGUUCCUCUUCAAGUUGUCAAUCCCAGCAUAGUAGACCAUAUGAUUGUCUGAUUCAAAAUGGCCAAUACCAGUCCAUUUCACCUGACUAAUGCCUGAGAUAUCAAUCUUUAGGCAUUCCAUUUCAUUUUUUGACGAUUUCUAAUUUUCCUAGAUUCGUAGUUUAUAUUUUCCAUGUUCUGAUUAUUAAUGGAUGUUUGCAGCUGUUCCUUCUCGUCUUGAGUGGCGCCACAUCAGCAAAUGAAGGCCCUGAAAGCUUGACACCAUCCAUGUCAUUCAGGUCGACUCUACUUUGAGGAGGCAGCUCUUCCUCAGUCAUCUUUUUAGUGCCUUCCAACCUGGGGGGCUCCAUCUUCCGGCACUAUAUCAGACAGUGUUCUGCUGCUAUUCAUAAGGUUCUCACUGGCUAAUUCUUUUCAGAAAUAGGCCACCGGGUCCUUUUUCCUAGUCUGUCUUAGUCUGGAAGCUCAGGUGAAACCCGUCCAUCAUGGUUGACCCUGCCGGUGCUUGAAUUCCGGUUCCAUAGCUUCCAGCGUCACGGCAACAUGCAAGCCCCUGCAGUAUGCCAAACUGACAGACUCGUAGAGACCCUAUAAGACCGAGUAGAACUGCCCUGUAGGGUUUCGAAGGAGAGGCUGGUGGAUUGGAACUGCUGACCUUUUGGUUAGCAGCCACACUCUUAACCACUGCACCACCAGGGUUCCAUAGAUGUUAGGUAAAUUGUCCAAGAUCAUAACAUUAGUAAAUGAAAGAGCUGAUUUUUUUAACCCAGGUCAUAUCAUGCAUGGCCUAUCUUUCACUGUAGCAUUGGUCUUUCCACAAAUGGUAGUUUUCCCGGUUUAGAAAAGCAAAAAAGAUGGUGUGUAGUAUUCACACAGUAAAAAGUCUUACUAAAAUAACAUCAAAUUGCUUUAAUAAUAUCAAGAAAUAGGCUAUAUUAUUAUGGAGCAAAUAACAUGGUAGAAAAAUGUACUUAUUGAUACAGAAAAAUGUUUCUGACUCAUCAAGACUUCUAAUACAUUAACCCCUCCCCCAAUUCUCUCUAUUUAUUAACUCCCUCCUCUCAUCAGUUUCUUUUUUAUCCAAACUAGACACACCAAUUCAAAUUACUUUCCUGUAAAUUCCCUCUUUGGGAAUUUGCACCUGUCUGGUCUCUCCCAUAUGGCAAAACCCCAGUACUGGGUGAGCCCAACUACCUGCCCUUUGGUUUCACUUUGAUUAUGCUCAGCAGCCUCAAAAUUUGCCCAGCAACCAUCCCAUGUGUCUCUCUUACCUUGCUGUCAUACUACCUGUAGCAACCUUUCAUACCUACUCCAUUCUUCUCAAACUUUUUACCCCGUACCAGUGUUACUUGACAUCUUAACAGUUCUCCAUGCAGUUGACCACAGUCUUCCACUGCUUUGUUUUGGAAGCACUGUUCGUCUGGUCUUUCUCAUACCAGUUUUUCCUUUUCCCAUUCUAGCUGACCCUUUUCAGUCUUCUUUGUUGCUUCUCUCACUUUCACCUGUCUUCUAACAGAGGAGUUACUCGAGGUUUAGUCCUUCAUUUUUUCUGUCAUCUUACACUUUUGGUUUUAAACAUUAUCGAUUUGUGUAAGUCUUCCAUAUUUAUCUCUCUAGCCCAGGGUUUCUUAACCUCGUCAUUGUUGACAUUUUGGGCCAGGUAGUUUUUUGUUGUGGGCCUGUUUUGUGCACUAUAGGGUGUUUAGCAGUAUCUCUGGGCUGUACCCACUAGAUGCCAGUAGAACCACCUCUCCCCUGGUUGGGACAACCAACAUCUCCAGAUAUUGCCAAACGUCACCUGGAACCAAAAUCACUUCUAGUUAAGAACUACUUAUCUUUUGUAAAGCUUUCUCCUGAGAAUCUAGGGAUAAUACCUUUUUGACAUCUCCCCUUGCAUGUCUCAUAGGUAUCUCAUAUCUAAUAUGAUCAAAAUGAACUCUUGUUCUUUGUCUUUGAUAUACUCUUCUUCCAACUUCCCUUACAUUUAUGAUCUUGCAGGCCAUUGGGGGAUACUUUGGCUUUUAUUCUGUGUGAAUUAGGGAGACAACAGAGUUUUGGGUCAAGAAAUGAUGUGAUCUGGCGUAGGUCAGAUCUCUGUUGAGAUCUGGAAGACCAGUUUCGAAGGUUUCUGCAGUAAUGCAGGUGAAAGAUGAUGGUAGCUUGGAAAAAGUGGUCAUAGAGGAGACAGUGAGAAGUGGUGUCUUUGGUUUGGAGGCUUAAAUACAGCUAUCCUUCGGAAGAGGAAUGCAUUGUACCAUCAUUGGAUUUAUAUUUUAGAAUGACUUGUUUUUCAGAUAUUUUCUAAGAACGGGUUUGAUGGAUCAGAGUGAGAAGAGAGUAGCCAAACCCCAGAGCCUUGCCUCCUGGGUGGAGAAAAAGUGGCAGGUCUGACUGGUGUAUAAUUUGAAGGGAUUCAGGCCAGAAUGGGGAGUAAAAUACAGGAUCCCACAUGGGGAGGAAGCAAGACCCCAAGUAUAGCCAGGUUUACCUCACAAUUUUACCAUGGGCUGGACCUUGCACUCUCCAACAUGUAUCUAUGGCAGGAUGGGUGGAAGAAAUGGCGGUCAGAAGACCAAAGUUCCGAUUUCCUUCACUGGAUAUUGGAAACAAGUAAUUUUGUGUUGUAGGUCUCUAAACUGUGGUGAAGUGGCUAUUGGCAUUUGGAGUAGGGCAGUUUUUUGUUGUGCAAAAUUGUCUUACACAUCACGGGACGCUUAGAAUCCGUGGCUCUUCACUGACUAAGUAGCAAUAGAGUGUUUUCUCAUCAUAACUAAAGUAUGGCCUACCAAUUUCCAGGCUCCCAGUGGGGGUCAGAAGUGCCAAACUGCAAACCGCUGGACUAAGCCCCGUUUUCUAAUUCAAAAAUUGCCAUUCUGAAACAUGAAGUCAAAGGCUGUGGCAUCCCAGGCCCUUAAAGACAACUUGGAUUAACUUGUGUCUUCUUUGGGGACCUUAGAAGGUGCGGCGCUGAAUAUUGCCACCAGCACUUUAAAAUGAGCAUUGAUUUUUAUUGCUGGAGCAUCCCACAAGUGUUUUCGAUCCCCGACGGACCUUCAAAUAUUAAUUCUUAAUCCUUUCAUAGAGGGCGUGGAUCUCUAAGGGCCCUCUCUAAAGGCAGUGCAAAGGACACACGCUCCAGCUGCUCUCAUCCCAGCACUGUAAUGUGAGCCAGCCGGAAUUAAACUGUGUGGGGCUGGAGGGAAGGGAGUGGAAGGCAGUUCGGGUGAAAGGGAGUUGCUUGGCUGUAUCUUAGUGGGAGGAGUGGGAGUCAGAUUGGAAACGGACUAGGUAAGGACAGUAUGUACGUGUUCAUGCACAUCAUGUCUUUGUCAGGCUGAGCUAGUAUCAAGAGCAAAAUAAUUUUAAAAUUAUAUUUUAGGAAAAGUAGUAUAAGAUAGAAUGUAAUAUUUAUCAGAUUUGUGAAGGAGUGAUGAUAACUCAAUGUUGGAGCAGUGAAAAACUUACUAAGGAAAAGAGCGACAGAUUCGAAUAUAUGAAAUUUAAGACGUACAAUGAAAAAAUAACACAGACUGGGGAAAAUGCUGGCAUCAACUAUGCCUAAGGGUUAAUAUCUGGAAUACCUGAUGAGUUCUCUCAAAACUUAAUGAGGAAAAAGAUAUCUGGAUUUAAUACUUAAUUGGGCAGGAAAUAUUAGCAGAUAGUGAGUAUUACAUUUAGUAUUGAAAAUGUGGGAAUAUUCAUCCUCACUGGUAAUCAAAGAAAGGCACUUUAAAUCAACCUUGAGUUACCCCUUCUAUUCUCUCUAAAGUGCUAAAAAUUAAAAUAACUCUAAAUUCUGGAGAAGUUUUAAGGAAAUGGGCCCAUUCACUGUUACUUGUUUCUUGUGUUGUAGCUACUCUCAGCCACUUGCCUUUCCCUGAAGAUGCUCUGUGAUUUCAGGUCCUUAUCCUGUCUUCCUCUUCUUUCUCCUGCCCCUCUUGUUGACUUCUCAUCCCUUGAGAGCAGCAGUCCGAUCCCUGGGGCAUCCCACCUGACUCUGCACUGCCCUUGAACCACCCUCCGUUUUGCACGUGGCACUACACUGCCGUCGUGAGUUUAUGCUCCAGCCCCUGCCACUUGGCUGUGUGGUUCUUGAGGUUAGGGCUGGGCAGGCCGUACCUCAGGGCCUGGCACAUAGCAGUUGCUCUAUGAACGUUGAAUUAAAUUACUGAACUUUGAUGAAUGAUUUAAUGAAUAAUCGUAUGUCAGGAUGAUGGGACAUACUAAAAAUGUAAUUAUGAAUGUAAUUUUUGGCAAACUUUUUUUAGCUGCGUACAAAAUGGUAUGUUUAGUGCAGUUUUGAAAAUUAAUAUGCAAAAAUGACUAUUUUAGAUGGUGGUAUUAUAGAAGCACCGGCAUUGCUGGUUCAGCAGUAGAAUUCUUGCCUGCCAUGCAGGAAGCCCAGGUUCGGUUCCCGGCCUGCCGGUGCAGUGAGAUCUUUGUAGGAGCCCUGGGUGGCACAGUGGUUAAAGCAAUUGACUGCCAACUAAAAGGGUGACGGUUCAAAACAAUUAAUGGCUCCACGGGAGAAAGAUGUGGCAGUCUGCUUCCUUAGGGAUUUAUAGCCUUGGAGACCAUGUGGAGUCACUAUGAGUCGGAAUCAACUCAACAGCCGUGCGUUUGGUUUGGGUUUUUUGUUUUUUUUUUUUAGUAUUAUAGAUAAUAAUUAAUUUUUUUUCUUUAUUAUAGUCUUUAUGAUAAAACAUAUAGCAUGAAAAAUCAGCUGGCAGACUUGGGCUCCUGCUCCCUACAUCAAAACCUAACCUCUUUGCAUCCUGUCCGACUAUCCUGUCUAACCAUCAGGAAACAGGGUGGGCUUCCCAAACAUGUGGGCUCCCAAGGAUAGCUGCAUUUAUGUGAAAAUUAGGUACCCAAUCAUAGUUGAGGUUUUACUAUGCCCGGAUACAUGUCGCUUGAGAGAUAUUUUAUAUUCCUAUUUUCUAAACGAUUCCAUCUUAUAGGUGUAUGGUACUUAGUAUUUUAUGGCUUAUGAAUGCAUUCACAUUAUCAGUGAUAAGUUAUACAGCUUUUAGUGAUGUCAUGUGUAAAUGGUAAUUAAUUUCUUUCACAUUUUUUAAGUCGUGUGCUGGGGACUGAAGUACAGAAUGCCUUUAAGGAAGUCCUUAUGCGCCAGUGCAGACAGCCAGCCAUGGGCCCUUUGUACCGCACGAUGAGUGCUAUAAGCGUGUAGUCAACAAAGAGCAGUUGUUUACCAAAGGUGACUCUUCUCCAUCCACUUAGGAAGAUGAGCAAGAUUUUUGCCGGGAGGAGAAAACAGAGGGAGGAGCAUGAGCAGAAGAAUGGAGGUGUGGAAGUCCAUGAUUUGUUCAGAAGCCGUUGAUAGAUUUUAGAGAAGGAUAUGACAUGAUCACCCGUGACUUUUGGAAAGAAAACUGAGUGAGUACCUGCUAUUGGUAGAGCUCCUUGAUGCUUCCUGAUCUUAAAAAAUUAAUUAAAAGGAUUUACUGUGUAUCUUUACGGGAGCCUUGGGAGAUAGAUAAAGAUGAGUGCCAUGUUUCAUCCAGUACUGAAGCUUUAAAGUUUAAGAGGACAUUUGCUAAGUCAGAUCCCUUCAAGUAUGUUGAAGAAAGUCAGCAAAUUUUAUCUUGUAGACAUUCUGUGGGAAAUAGCUGCAAACUUCAUACAAGAAUAAUAAAAGGUGACUCAGACUCCCCUCCUGGAACAAUACAGAGCAGAAGAGGUGUUCAGAAUAAGAGCCAGUUUAGGACCAUUGCACCAAAAAUUGUGCCCAGAGCCCUAACAUCCAGAGUGCUGCCAUGUCAUUCCCCAUCAUUCUCUGACCACCUUAAUCCAGGACCCUCCAUCAACUCCAAGCCGCUGGUGAUGCCUUCCCAGAACUAUGCUCUGAUGCAGGUCGCUGGCCAGGAGGGGACGUUUUCUCUCAUUGCUUUGCCACACAUGGCCUCAGCGCAGCCAAUCCAAAAACCCAGAAUGCCCCUGCCUGAAAACCUUAAACUGCCUAUUCCUCGGUACCAACCCCCAAGAAAUAGCAAGGCAACAGAAAAGAAACCCAGUCCGAGCUCCUUGGAGAGUAGCUGUAGCAAACCUCCUGUCCAAACCCAGACGUGUCCUCAAAUGUCUUCUCCCCGACCCAUCCAUCCCGAACUCCCCCACAAAACCCUAUCAUCCGAGCAAGCACCGUCACGAGAUGAAGCCCCAGCUGCUCUGCCCAGUGAAGGUGGCCUCAGAGCCUUGGGACCUCCACUGACGCCCAGCCGUGGAGAUGUGAAUGCUCCUGCCACCCUGAGAUCAUCCACCGUCCAAGAGCCUGCAGUGGAGCAGGCCCACACGAGGAUUUCAGAGACAGCAAGCUGGGCAGGCAAGAAAACCUGCCAUAAACCUUCUACUGUCCAUCUCGCAAAAGCCAUGACCAGUUGGUCACCAGCAGUUUUUGGCAAUGCAGUUCAGAUGAUUUCUUCAGUCCCCAAAGGUAAACUGCCUAUCUUACCCUACUCAAGAAUGAAAACAACAGAGUUUUGCAAAAUUAAGCACAUUGCAGAUUUGCCUUUACCUGGGCACAGGGCCCACUGUGAUAAGAUAUCCUCCAUCCCAGAAGGCUUCAAUGUAGCCACCAAAAUGGCUGAUAAGAUACCUGUUCCACAGGUGUCAUCAAGGCAAAGUCCCUGUGAAAGUGCCUUCUGUCCAGCCCCCAAGCUAGACCCCAACCACAAAACAAAACUGAACAGCGGGGCAGCCAGGAGGAGAGCGAGGAAACGCAAGCUACCAGAUGAAAUCUUGACGUUUCAGGGAAAACGGAGGAAAUGCAUCAUUAAUAAGUGUAGAAACGGUAAAGAAAGAGUAAAAACUGAUCCCCAAGAACCCAGAGAUCAAAAACCUGUGAAAAAAUACCGUAGCAUUAUGCCCAAGCCUGUACUUGUCAUGCCAGCCUUGGCUUCCCUGGCUUCGCCUGCAGCUACGCUACAGUCCCACACUCCCGGCAGCCUGGGGCAGGACGCUGCGCUAAAUAACUCUCUCACUUCUGAAGCCCUCGGUGGUAAGCAGAAUGACAGUCCUUCCACUAAGCCCAUCCUUGCCUUUAAGAAUGGGCGUUCUGGCCUGGGGAAGCCUUGCCACAGGUGUCAGGUCUGCAACCACCACUUUGAGUUCAGGCAGCACCUUCAAGACCACAUGAGCACGCACACGAACAGACGGCCUUAUAGCUGUCGCAUCUGUCGCAAGACAUACGUCCGUUCUGGCAGCCUGAGCACACACAUGAAGCUUCACCACGGUGAGAGCCGCCCCCGGAGACUCCUGUGCUGCGAAUUUUGUACAAAAGUGUUCAGUCACGUCAGGGUCUAUUUUGGCCACCUGAAAGAAGUGCACAGGGUCGUGAUCAGCACCGAGCCCUCCCCCAGCGAACCACAGCCAGGGGACACGCUGAAGACCAGAGACUCCAGUGUGCCAGGGACAGAGGGCUCGGCACAGAGGGAAAACAAAUCAAGCCUGGAAGAAGACCUCUUUCUAAACCAAGUGGACGAAGUCAAAUUACAAAUCAAAUGUGGCCGUUGUCAAAUCACUACCCAGUCUUUUGCAGAAAUAAAGUUUCAUUUGCUAUAUGUUCACGGAGAGGAAAUUCAGGGCCGACCGCAGGAAGGGCUUUUGCCAGGGAGCAAAGGAGCUCAGGAAGAACUGGUUAGACAUGCUGCUCCUUACUGGAAGCAGUAUCCCGAGAGGAGAAAGCUGGGUAAGCCUUGUGCAUCUGGGGAGGACUUACACGCAUUUCCUAAACUGAAAAGGCAGCUCUACCUUCAUCAACGGAAUAAUGCGCAAAUACAAAUAAAAAAUGAAGAAGCCCACCUGGGAAACAGUGAGCUGGGAGAAGACUCCAAGGGCCAAAUGCACCCCGGCCCCAACAUGAGUCUCCUUUACUCCCACUCGGGCUUUAACUGCCUCCUGUGUGCUCAGACCCUGGGAAGGAGAGAAGAUCUCCUUCACCACUGGGAGCAGCAGCAUAAUUGUGAAGACCCCUCCAAACUCUGGACGAUUUUGAAUGCAUUCUGUGACGGGGCGGGGAUUCAAUUCUCCAAAGAAAUUGAAAAAUGAAACAGUGGAAACAGAGGGGGGUUAAGGGGUCUUUCUUCCUGUGACCUUUCUCUGAAAGCUCGUGUUUUAUUUGUGGUGCUUAAUUACAAAAUCAAGCAAGUUCGGCUCAGUGUUAAUGAACAGAAGUGAUUUUGUACAUAGGUUCAUUUUCUUAUAAAAUACAAGCCCUUGGUGCAUAUUUUUCAACCGUGUGAGACUAAUUUUAAAAUUGUGUGUACCAGCUCUCAGUGUCUUAGCCUUCAUUUCAGAAUAAGUGAAAAGAACCAGAUUUGGAGACUGAAAUGUAGAGGUUUGUAGGCUGUGCUUCAAAUACAGUUUUCCGCAAAAACACGGGUGCGUGUCCUUCUGUUCGUGUUAUGCUUUCCACUUACAUAGGCUGACCAGCACUACGUUUUCAGGUGGCAAAACCAUUUUAGUCGCAAACAAUAUCAAGUCCGAUGGUAAAUGUUGAUAUUUAUUAAAUUCUCUGGAUUAUUUGAAUAUGCUGUAUAGCAGUAUAUUUAAUAAGGUUAUCAUCUAUCAUAAUUUAAAAUCUAUGUUUUCAGGACUUAGAUUUUUUUUUUUUAACUCUUCUAUUUUCUUACAUGCACAUUGCCUUGAAGAUGAGUUGUUGGGAAGUCUCAUAGCUGUAGUGUUCCACAGGAAAGUAGUCAAAAUUUUUGUAGUACUUCAGCUAAUUUAAAAAAAAAAAAAAUCUGCUUUCUUGGUAAAAACUCAUUUUCAAGUAGUCUUUGGGGCCAGAAAACUUACAGUCUGGAAGUGAACGAGAUAGUUUAGAUGUCUCUGUGUCUCACCUGCUUUCCCUCCCUUGCCAGUAACCCCGGAGGGUUUGUCGCCAGCUGACCGAUUUGAGAUGCGACUGUGCCAUUCAAGCCGAAGUUCUUCUUGAAAGUCAGGAGUGCCUCGUAAAUUCCUGGGAAGUUAAUUCAAAUCAGGAAAGUUGCCAUCUGAAGUUUCUGACCAUCCUGGCUGCAAAAUCAUUUUCUUAGAAGGGGGAAUUUAAACAUUCAUCCUAAUAAAAUCCUGGCCGUUGAAUGAAAGCAUUGUGUAUGUAGCCAGCCCUGAAGUUCGGCCCAAGGAUCAUGAUAACAUUUUCCUGUGCCUGAGGAGGUUUCCUAUAACAGGAAGAGCUGAAUUCAAAUUGAUAAGCUAGUGAGUCUCAAGUCGUCUUUUUUUUACUGUUGACUUUGAAAAGCAAUCAUAGGUAUAGUUUGGCGCACACAGUACCAAAAGGGAAAACUCAAUCCUUGGCUUUUUAAAAAUAGUUUUGUAAAUUUGAGAAUAAGAGGGUAGGGGUGGAGACCUCUGACAUAUUUUGGGUUUUUCGAUGGCACUCUACCCAGUUUCACAGAGAUAGUAUCCGCCCACCACUGCUGGGUAUGCUUAGAGUUCCUGGAUUAGCAAUGAAACAGCGUUACCAUCCAGCACAGCACCUGGUUUGUUUUUGGCAGAUCCAUCUUAAAGACAUUUAAAAAUGAGAUCUACCAAGAAUAUUACUUGAAUUCAAACCAUGAAACUUGAAUUCAGACUGUGAAAUAGUUCAUAGCCUGCUCAGUCCUUAGGUGUGAAAAGUGGCCUUUGGAGCAUGUCUUCAGACCAGAGGUGUCGGGGAGAACACAUCCACUCAGCACACAAAGGGAGGUCUGCAGGCCCCAAGGCUGCAGAGGUGCCUGCCUGCAGCCAGUGCCUAAGCAAGUAUUCUUUUUUUUUUUAAUUUAUUGCGCUUUAGCAGAAAGUUUACAAAUCAAGUCAGUCUGUCAUACAAAAAGCUACACACACCUUGCUGUGUACUCCUAGCAGCUCUCCUCCUAAUGAGACAGCACACUUCUCCUCUCCACCCUGUAUUCCCCAUGUCCAUUCAACCAGCUCCUGUCCCCCUCUUUCUUGUCAUCUCACCACCAGACAGGAGCUGCCCACAUAGUCUCAAGUGUCUACUUGAGCCAAGAAGUUCACUCCUCACCAGUAUCAUUGUCUGUCUAUCUUACAGUCCAGGCCAAUCCCUGUCUGAAGACUUGGCUUCGGAAAUGGUUCCAGUCUUGGGCUAACAAAGGGUCCAGGGACGAUGACCGUCAAGGUUGCUCCAGUCUCAGUCAGACCAUUAAGCCUGGUCUUUUUACAAGAAUUUGAGAUCUGCAUCCCAGUGUUCUCCUGCUCCAUCAGGGAUUCUCUGUUGUGUUCCCUGUCAGGGCAAUGAUUGGUGUUAGCCGGGCACCAUCCAGUUCUCCCCCAUCUCAGGUUGAUGGAUUCUCUGGCAUAUGUGGCCUUUUUUCUGCCUCUUGGGCUCAUCUUUACCGUGUGUGUUUGGUGCUCUUCAUUCUCCUUUGCUCCAGGUAGGUUGAGACCAAUUGACGCAUCUUAGAUGGCCACUUGCUAGUGUUUAAGACCCCAGACGCCUCUCACCAAAGUGGGAUGCAGAACGUUUUCUUAGUACAUUUUGUAUGCCAAUUGACCUAGAUGUCCCCUGAAACCAUGGUCCCCAGACCCCCAUCACCUCAGCACGUAUUCUUGCACCGAGAGCACAGACAAUCUCUGGGAAGAAGUAGAGUUAGAAAGGGGAAAAGAACAAAAGUAGAGAGAUGCCAUUGGUUCAUGAGUAAGUGUUCUGGGUGGACCCCGUUCUAGAGUGUAUUUUAGAGCAGCGGCCCCAGUGUCCUCACUAUGUUUAGGCCACUCAUCUCACAGGGCUACUGAUCAUGGGCAGGGGUGAUGGGGAGGCUCAUCUUUACAGAAAACUCUUAAAGAGAAGAAGACUUGCAGUGCAAAGGGACUUUCACUGGAUUCCUGUGUAUGUGGCUUCAUUCAGAACAGAACAUUUGUUAAAACUCUCACUGUCUGGAAACACUACCCAGGGUUAUAAUGGGAGCAACCCCAAACGCCACUGAAAUAAAGAAGUUCUGACCCUUAGUAGCAGCACUACUUGGGUGAGAAUGGUGGGAAGAGAGACUCCUGUCUGGUAGGUAGGGAGAAAGGAAUAAGUAAUUCAGCUAAAGUAACUAGUAAUGGAGUCCCUGGGUGGCACAAACAGUUACGUGCUCUGCUAACUGAAAGGUUUGUGGUUCAAGCCCACCCAUAGGCACCUUGAAAGAAAGACCUGGCAAUCUACUUCUGAAAAAUUAGCCAUUGAGAAUCCUGUGGAGCACAGUUCUACCCUAACACACGUGGCGUUGUCAUGAGUCAAGACCGACUUGAUAGCAACUGGUUCGGUUUUCUUUGGUUUUAACUUUAGGGGCAGCUCAGAGCCUUCCUUAGGCGUGGUAGAGAGUUGUUGCCCAAUGGUCUUGCCCUUUCCAUGAGCCCAAAGGCAGGGAGUAUGGAGGAGAGCACCUGAUGCCUACUCCCUGUGUGACCUUGGAGAGGUCUAAGCCUUUGUUCCCUCAUCUGUAAAAUGAAGGUGGAUCCUACCACAAGGCAUUGUUGUGAAGAGUCAAUGAGACACAAAAUGACAUGCCCCUAAUAACUUUUUCAGUAGUAGAAUUCUCACUUUCCGUGCCGGAAACCCAGGUUCGAUUCCUGGCCAAUGCACCUCCUAUGCAGCCACCACCCAUCUGUCAAUGGUGGCUUGUGUGUUGAACAGGUUUCAGCGGAGCUUCCAGACUGAAAUGGACUAGGAAGAAAGGCCUAGCGAUCUACUGAAAAUCAGGCAAUGAACGCCCUAUAGAUGACAGCGGUGAUGGUGCAGGACUGGGCAGCGUUUCAUUCUGUGUGCAUGAGGUCAGCAUGAGUCGAGGGCCAACUCAGCAGCAGCUAACAACAACAACGACACCUUGUCUGCACAUUUGGGCACACAGUAACUGGUGGCUGUUAUUGAUUAUGCGCCCGGCCAGGCCUGGAAGAAGAGGUAUGUGAUACCACAGAAAGAUACUUAAAAACUGCUCAAGUAGCCCUCCAGUUCAGAAUUCAAAGAUGAAAACACUGCUGAGAACAGUGGACAUUGCCAUCUUUGUAUAAAAAAGUGCAUUUUGAUUUUUAAAUAACUAAUAAAAAUGGGAUUUGGACUUCAUGGAGAUUUGUUGUGUCUAAUCAACGUAGAAAGCAAAAUUCACUGAAUUAUUUCCUUCCCAGGCCACGCUUUGGGGCUUGUAGUCUUCAGGUCUCAGCCCAGCAGCACAUCCGCCAGGCGGCUGCCCCAACUUUGUGCUUCCCACGCCCCCUGUUUUGCUGUUGUCAUAGCACCCACCCCACUGUCUGCAGCUCACUGUGGACUUGUCUAGUUUCCACACUAGACAAUAAGCUUCUUGAGGGCAGGAACUGAGCGCUAGAGGGCCCAGUACUUGACGUGUCAGUUUUAAAAAAAAACCCAGUUGCCAUCAACUCAGCUCCAACUCAUGACAACCCCAUGUGUGUCCCAGUAGACCUGGGCUCCAUAGGGUUUUCAGUGGCUGAUUUCCCAGAAGUAAAUCACUAGGCCUUUCUCCCAGGGUGCCUCUGUAGGGACUGGAAUCUCCAGUCUUUCAGUUAGCAGUCAAGUAUAUAAAUAUUUGUUGAAAAAAUGAAUGCAUUAGCUAAAUACAAGCAAAUCGCCACUUCUCAUUUCAUGAAUAAAUCCAGCUUUAGCAGCAACCAGUAUGGUAGCUAAGUAAGGCAUCAAGACAAGCUGGCUCUUAAGUUCUGCACGUUCAUUUUCCUUAGUAUCUUUUGCUUCUUGGAAAAUUGUUUGAAAGCCAGCAAAACUUUUUUUUUUUUUCCUUUGCUUUUAGCCCCAAAUUAUUUGUGAAAGUUACAGCAUUUUUGGUUUGUAUUUUUUUAUUAGCUGUCAUUUUUAUUCAUGUCCCCUUUUGUUUCCCUCCCUUUCUCUGGACCUCUUCCUGAUUUAGCUUUACUGUUGUUGCUCAGCUAAGCUGUUCCUCAUAUGGAAAGCUGUUUCUUCAUCUACACACCAUAAAUAAUCAAACCUGGGUGCGUUCCACUGCCUUGUCUGGCUGUGGACUCUUCCUUUCCCAGCUGCACGGCUCUAAUUUUCUGUGGCCCCAAUGACACGAUUGUUGGCAGUAAAUGCUCGAUUUAUUUAUUAGACUGCUUAGAUCCGGGCUGUUUUGCUCCAUUCAAGCUGCUGACUGCUUGUUAGGCACAUAUUUUACAUCAUCUCCCAUUUUGACUGAGCUCCUGAGAGAAAGUGCCCUGGUAAGGAUGAACUGGGAUUUCACAGAACAGGUUUUUAGCUUCAACUUUAUACUGACUUCCCUGGUGUUAGACAAUCAGCAGCUUAUCUAGGCUUGUGGUACAAUCUAAUAUAUAUUUUAACAUUAUCCGCCUCUUUAGGAAUGUUUCUCUUGGCGACGAACCAUUUAUUGCGUCUCAUAUUUGGCCAUGGUCAUAGUUAUUCCCAUAAUAAAGCUGUAAGCAUAGUUUUUUCAGAUAUUUUAAACCUGUGUUUCAUAUGCAGAUGUUGGCUUAAGAGUACCUCAUGUUUUCCACAGCUCUUAAGUGUGAAAAUAUUUCAACAUGUUGCCUAAAGCCUAAAGCCUAGGGGGGUUAAAAAUGCUAUCCAUUGAAGGAAACCAAAUAUGACAACUAAAAGCGAAGUAAAGAUGACUUGUUCUAAUUUUGAUUUGAGGCUAAACAGGCUUAUUAUUUUAAAUGAUAUUUGCUCCCAUGCUCAGAAGUGUUUCCCCUCCUCUUGGUUAGCUUAGCAGUAAAGAAUUCAUCUGUAAUAGAACUGCAAUACUCGCCUCUUUUAGCAGGUUCCAAAAACAAAAUUGCAAGUUGUUAGCAUUAUAAUAGAUCAUAUUUUUUAUAAAUCUAACAACCACUAAGCCCUGCUCAAAGAACAGAAAGAUUUUACCUUCUGUCAUUUGAGUCAAAAUUAAAUGUAAAUUUAGCCUCCACCUCAGAGAUGCAAGGAGACCACCAGGUAGUCUAUAGGUAUUUGUAGAGGCAGAGCAAUGGAAUUUGGGUCUGAUUACUGGUCCAAUUGUAAUGCAUAUCUUACCAUAAAAGUUUGACCAUGGAAGACAGCCAGGUGGCUCAAACAAAUGAGCUGCAUAGCUCUCCCAGGUUCCCAGUAUCUGAAAAUAAGGGUACGCUCUUAAGGAACUCAAACGCUACCUAUUCCCAGUUGAAUCCAAAUGAAAGCACAGUUAAAUUCGUCAUAAGACAUGAACUGAACCAAGCCGUUUUGAUGAUGGCCACAUUCUAGGAACAUUAUUCUCAAAUAUCCAAGGAGAUUAAGUCUUGAAAUGAUGUUUAUUCUUCCUUGAAGUAAGGGAUGGGGAGGGGAAAGCAGGGAUACUGUGUCAAGACAUGGCACCGAGGUUGCUUUGAUGAAAGCAACCGGUGAAGCACUGUAAGAAGUGGGGAUCUUGGCUCCAGUAUUCCUGGCAGCAAAAUGUCAUCAACAUUUUGGUACAACCUCAGUGGAAGAAACUGGACGGUGUCCAUGAAAAUCUAAAAUACAUUUUGACGGAGGAACUCCACUUGUAGGAAGCUGUCCUAUAGAUAUUAUUGCACAAGUGUGCAGAUGUGCAACCUUGUUCAUAAUAAGCAAAACACUGGAAACCACCUAAAUGUCCAUCAGAGCUGGUGAAAAAAAAUUGUUAUUAGGUGCUGCCGAGUCAGUUCCGACUCAUAGUGACCCUGUGCACAACAGAACGAAACACUGCUCAGUCCAGUGCCAACCUCACAAUCGUUGCUAUGCUUGAGCCCAUUGUUGCAGCCACUGUGUCAGUCCACCUCGUUGAGGAUCUUCCUCUUUUUUGCUGACCCUCCACUUUACCAGGCAUGAUGUCCUUGACCAGAGACUGAUCCGUCCUGAUAAUAUGUCCAAAGGACAUGAGACGAAGUCUCACCAUCCUCCCUUCUAAGGAGCUUUCUAGCUGUACAUCUUCCAAGACAGAUUUGUUUGUUUUUCUGGUAGCCCAAAGUAUAUUCAGUGUUCUUUGCCAACACCAAGAGCUCGUUAAAAAAAAUUACAGUGUACUAAGUAAUGGAAUGCCAGUUUAAAAGACUGAAGUAGCACUUUAUGUGCCCAAAUAUUACGUAUGAUACGAAGGAAGCAAAGUGCUGAACAACAUGUAUUGUGCUGCCUUUUGCUUGAAAAGGGAGGGAGAGAUGGGACGUGUGUGCUUGUAUGUACAAAGAAGAUUUCUGGGACGUAACUUCAGAAAAGGGGUCCUGGGAGAUGAGUGGGAGGGACACUGUUGCAUUGUUGGGAUGUUGGCUGCAUUUUCUUUUUUCCAAUUUAAAAAAAAAAUGGCUUCAGAGGAUUAGCCUGUAGCUGUGCUGUCACCCCCAGGGCAGCCCUCAGCAAGAUGGUGAAGGAGACUGGCCUGGGCGUCCUCAGCUUUGGGGUCCCCAGGCGUUUCCUCACCGGAACCCCUGCAGCUAACACCACUCCACGUAUGUUCUUAACCCAGCACACACAUGCAGACAUACAUGUGCACACAGGUAGCUAUAGCCAAGACCAAAUUUUCACAAAAUAAUACCCUUACUAUGUGCUCUGCAUUCUGGUACCUUUUGUUCUAAUUCAUGUUUUAAAGGCUGGCUGGGGCCUACCAAGGUCAUGUUAUAACCCACCAAUGAGUUGCAACUACACCUUGAAAUAUACUGCCAUAGACUCUAGAUUUUUGGGGCCCUCCCCUGCCCCAUCAGAAGCUGAUGUCACCCAGUCCCUCAGGUCCCUGAUGUCAGGGGCUUGAUAAGUCACUCUCGCUUCUCCCCACGUAUUUACAUUUUAUAGGUCUUUUGAAGGGUGGCCUCAUCCCAAAGGGACGACUAUUGCUGGGAAUUUCACAUUCUGUGGCCAAUAGGAAGGCCUUUGGGUGCCUCUCCAGUGACCCUCUGAGUGGCUCCCAGUCCCCUUUUGGAAAAAGGCGAGGCCAUCACUUAACCAAUAGACACAGCUGCCAAGGUGGACUCACCCCAGUAAACCGCCAAGUUUUGAAACCCUUCUUCUGAGUUUCACUUGAUCAGCAUUGCCAACUCUGGGUUUGAGUUGGAUUUGAAAUUGUCAAACAAAAUGGUGUGACAGAAAUCAAGUCCCUGAGGAAAAUGCACAUUCUGGCAGUAUUCUAGCCAACAGCCUUCUGCCUUCCAUCCACUCCCCUUCUCCUCUGCUUCGCUAAGAAGCCCACCUCAGGCGAGUUCUGACAGUAUGAAGGUGGAACUCUCUCCUUCUCCCUGCAGCGUCACUUUCCGGUUGAAUAUUUUGCCAUUGGCCAUGCCCAAAAUGUCAGAACAUAGUCGAAGAAAGGGCUUCUUGGACUU